AGAAAAAAAAGAACAACACAGGACAAACGUCAACAACGCAACUACAAAAAAAAAGAAACACACAAAUAGAGUAAAUCACAUCGGCCAACUUUACAUACAUUGCACAAAUGUAGUUAGUAGUAGGUACAGUUUAAUUUGUAAAGCGCCGCGUGUAGAAAUGCCCGGAAAGGUGAAGGUGAAGGUGCUUGCGGGCAGAAAUCUGCCCGUAAUGGACCGCAGCAGCGAUACCACCGACGCGUUCGUGGAGAUCAAGCUCGGCAACGUGACGUACAAAACGGAUGUUUGUAGGAAAACGUUGAAUCCUCACUGGAACUCGGAAUGGUACACGUUUGAGGUGGAAGAUGCGGAGCUGCAGGACGAACCACUGCAGAUCCGGCUGAUGGAUUACGAUACCUACACGGCAAACGAUGCGAUUGGCAAAGUGUACAUAAAUCUUAGCCCUUUACUCCACUCCACGACCAAAUCAAGGACAGGGAAGGGAUCAAUUAUGUCCGGUUGGCUACCGGUGUACGACACAAUUCACGGCGUGCGUGGAGAAAUCAACGUUAUUGUAAAGGUAGAUCUGUUCACAGACUUUAACAAGUUUCGCCAAAGCUCUUGCGGAGUGUUGUUCUUCCAUUCUUCCAACAUACCUUACGGUUAUAGUAUUGCAAUGUAUCACGGUUUCGUAGAGGAACUGGUCGUAAAUGAUGAUCCCGAGUAUCAGUGGAUCGAUAAAAUUCGCACACCACGUGCAUCGAACGAAGCGCGGCAACUGGCGUUUAUGAAGCUAUCGGCACAGGUGCAACGCAAGAUUGGCAUCAAAGCAAUCGAGAUGGGCGCCAAUGCGGUGAUAGGCUACAUGCAGUGCUACGAUUUGGAGGGCGACGUGGGAGUGGUAGCGCGUGGCAUCGGUACGGCCGUUUCCUUAACGAAGAUCAACGAAUCAUUUUCACAGCACAUUGGAGAAGAGAUCCUGGUGGAGGAGCAUAAACUGUCCGGAAGUUCAGACUUUGGUGACCCUCCCAGGAGAGCGCUGGCGAUUGGCGGAGAGAGCAACAAUCAUGCCACAGGCAACAGUCCAACGAAAUUGGGUACACCGAUUGUAAAUUCACUGUUAACGAAGGAUACCGUCUGCGUGCCAAUUUGUAGACGGUCGUCCGAUUCGGAUCUAAGUAUCACACCGAAGGGAAGCUCAUGUCCGCUCGAUAAGAGCAUAGGCAUCGUGCGCAAUUACGGAGCAAACAAUGGCAAUGCAAAAUCGAUCAUGAUAAUGAACUAUGACAUGUUGGAAAUGUUAGAGUAUCCUUUCUUCACCAUGACCAAGUAUCCGCCCGGAAUCAUACGAUACAUAGGCGCCACAGUGACCGCACGCUCUGUGAAGCUGUUGGAGCGUGUACCGAACCCUAACGAGCCCGAAACCCGUGACAGUUGGUGGAAUGAGAUACGGACGGAGGUUCGGUCGCAUGCACGCUCGCUAGGAUGUAACGUUAUUCUCGGUUACGUAGAGCAAACAACAAUUGAUGAUGAUAUUUGUGUACUUUCGGCCACUGGUACGGCGGCAGUCAUAAACUUACAGUUUGGUAGCGAUAUGUGGAUGGCCGAUGCGUCGUUGAAUGCAUCCGCGGACGGUGGGGCCGACAGUUCACAGGCCAAGGAGCACAUGACAUCUUCCCUCGAUCGGCAGGACUUUGAUCGCGAGUGUAGUGGAUCGCGCGAGCAAACGCCCAACACGAUAGAGGGCGAAGGUACUUACGAUGGACCAAGCGGAUCGGGGAACAGCAAAUGCACGAUGUGCCAUGUGCCGUACUCGCUCGGGUCGGUUAACUUUCGCAUCAAUGCAGUGAAAUGUUUCAUGUGCAAAAAUGGUAUCGUGCCGGAUGUGCUUAUUACAACGAUCGAAAUCCCCGACGGUGUGCCCGUGUCCGGUCGGGGCAGUCUCAUACAGGCCCACACGUGUCGGCAGAAGCGCGACCUGAAGGGUGAAGCGAACGGAAAGGAAAUCUCGGACGCGCUACCGUUUCUCGAGUACGAACUGCACAAGCUGCUGGUGAACAAGCUCAAAAUCAAGGGCAUGAAUGCCAUCUUCGGGCUGCGCUCGAACAUAACGAUUGGGGAGAAAACGAUCGCGCUGAUUGCGACCGGCACGGCGGUUUAUCUGACCGCGCUACCGAAACCAUUGCUGCCGCAGAUCGUUGAUAGCAGCUCGUUUCCGGACGAGCGCAAGAUUCAAGAGCUGCAAAAGAUGGUCCAAAACAUUGUGGAGCAAAACAUUCAGGCCUACCAGCUGCAGUGCGUUUACGAUUCCGACACGGAACAGGCGCCGGCAGGAGCGACCGGGGUGGCCAGUUCACGGGAGGAGCGGGAUGGCAAGGAGCUGGAUUUGGUGUGCAUGCAGAAGUCGGCCUGCGUGCUCGAGCUGGACGAUAUAAUCGAUUUGGAUUUGCUGACGUUCGAAAAGGAACCGGAAAUUGCACCCGAUGGGUUUUAUGUAGCGAACUUACAAACAAUGCCGGGCAUUUCGACGGAUGUACUUGAUAACGUGAAGCAGUUUCAGAUGUUUACGCAGGUGUGGCGAGCGAAGCUGCCCUACACGCUCCAACACACGACCAGAAAUCUCAACAAGCGCUUCCAAGGAUUGCUGAAGCUUAUCUACUACAAGCUGCGCUCGAUGCGGCCCUGCGUGUUGUGUGAUCUUCGCUACAAGCUGGAUUUCCCCGAAACGGACGAAAUUCAGAUCGUCGUUUCGGGCAUGACGCUAGCGCUCGGGGACGGUACCACCCGGUUGAAGCGAAAGUGCAGCACACAGAACCAUCACACACCGGGUCCUUCGCCCUCGGUACACUCCAGCUCGGUGGCAAGAAGCAGCAACGACGAUGAAAUGAUGUUCUCGUUGGAUGAAGACUCGAUGGAUACGUCCGGGCCACCGGUGGCACCAGCAUCAACGCCGGUACCAUCGAUUGUAAAAAGUUUCAAAUCUCGGGGCACAAAAGCGAUGACCGCUGCUUCGUCGUAUCACAGCAAGAUCAACCGGUCAGGGAAAAUGAUACCAUUGAAGGACGGGUACGGUGUCGACAUUACAACACUCAGCUACAUUCCCGGUGGCAAGAUAGAAAAGUAUCUCGGGAAUUUGAACUUUUUCUUCAUACGCGAAUGUACCUCGAUCCGGGAGAGCGGUGGAAUCUGCGGGUUCGUGCACAGCUUCAUCUCGGAGGUGCUGUCCAUAGUGCGCGCGCACGUAACCUCCCUCGGCGGCAAUGCAAUGAUUGCGUUCUAUCUGAACGACCUAACGCUUCUGGACAACGUGCACAAGAAUCAGGGCCAAUGUCUCAUCAGCGUUGGUGGCGAUGUGGUUUUUGUAUCGUUCCACAAGGAUGAAAAGUGAACGUUUGUUAACAAAUCCAAACCCAAAUUGGCUUCAUCUCAACUUCUCUUCAUUCGCUCGCUCGUACGCGUGCGUACUACGGGACCUACUAACGAGCGCAUCCGAGUCAGUGCGACGAUCCAUCUCGCUAAGGGACAAGAAGGGACUAUCUACUAACUAACUAGAGAGAUUGUAACCCGUUUGUAAAGCUACAACACUAACAUGCGAUCAUGACUGGACAGGAGAUUUGUUUGCGCCGCAUUUGGAGGCGAAUUUAUUAUUGUUUCUAGUCGGUCGGAUGCUUGUUCUAACCUGCAAAGCGCACGAAUAUAAAAUCCUUAAUAAAUCCCUCCCUUUUCGCAUUAGUAACAA